UUACAAUCUAUUCCGAAUUUUGCCAGCAAGAUCGUAACAAACUCAAGGAAGUUUGACCACGUAACACCUUUCCUUCGAGAGCUAAACUGGCUUCCUGUUAAAGAACAAUUAUUCUAUAGAGACUCCGUUUUGACCUUUAAAUGUCAGAACGAUCUUGCACCUCAAUACUUAACGAGCAAGUUUACCAAGCGCUCAAAUAUAAAUACUCGUAACACUUGUACACGGAACUCUUUGCAGAUUCCGCUAUACAGAACGGCUAUAGGCCAGCGCACAUUUUCCUACAGAGGGGCCUACACAUGGAAUAACUUGCAUAAUGAACUUAGUCAAAGUGCCUCAUUGGCAUCUUUCAAGCGCGCCCUGAAAGACACACUAUUGAGGCAGACAUUUCCUUCAUAAGCUCUAGAAUUUAGUAGAAUACCAUCAUAAAUUGUGAUUUCGAGUUUUUAUUGUCAUUUUUCAUUUUAUAAAUUGUAAAUAGUUUGUAAAUAGUUCCUGAAAAUCCUCACGAGGAUGUUACUUAGUAUUAAAGUUAUUAUUAUUGUUAUUAUUGUUAUAUCUCCGUUAAUAUAAUGCUCAGGAGACGUAAUUAAUUGUUUGUUAUGAAUCAUUCUGAUUGUGUUGUCUACAAGUAAAAAUAAAAUAAAAAUUGACUAGACUGUCUUGACACAGCCCAUUCAGGCCUUGAACGUCCCUACUUACAGCUCACAGAAUCUUAUAUACCUGGUGGGUCUAUUUUCUCAUGAAGGGCAAGGUAGUGUGGGGCUUUUUGGUUUCUUUUUUGAAUUCACUUUAUUUAAAGUAGUAAGCAGGUAAGCAUGGAAUGGAAAACUUUUGCUGACCAAGCCCCUGUGCUUAGUUAACGUGUCAACAGGCACCGUAAUAGUAGUAACAAAAGAACAGGGAGUUGUAAUCAAGGGCCCACUCGACUGAAUGCACUGAAACUCAGUUGCUAGCACUCACGUUACAUCGCUGGAAGCAUUUCUCUCACCCAUCCCUCUCGCUUGCGCCUUAUCUCGCGGCAUGCUUCGCUCUUCAGUCGGAAUGGUUAGUUUAAUUGCAGGCUCUAGUGCAUGUAUGUACUUUCUGUAAAGGCUAUCUUACCGCCUGCUCCAUCCUUUAGCAGUUGAUACGAUGGAACUGUCCAUCGGUCCCAUCAGACAUUACAACUGCACUUACCACUAGAGCAUGAGUUUGCAAGUGUUCCCCUACCUGCAGUCAAUGCAAAGUCUUUUAAUGUACCACAGGACACUCAAGUCCAGUAUGAGAGUAUUAAACUCCAUAAACACGUGUGGUAUAAUAUUGCCUAAAAUUGCCUAAUCCUCACAUGGCAGUGAAUUCAUAUAAAGGAUUUGUAUGGAAAAUUUCAAUUAAAAUCCUUUAUGUUCACCGCCAUUUGACGAUUACGCAACAUGAUACAACACGCACUAUCACACUGAGCUUGCGUUGCCUGUACACUCUUUUUUUUCUAUACGAAUAUAUUUUAUAAGAAUAUGAGGCUGAAAUUUGCAAAAUUUUAAGAAAAAAAAAACAAAAAAACAAACAACAACAACGAGGGGGUGGGGUAGGGGUGAGAGCCUCUCUCUCUCUUUUCCUCGCUCCCUUCCUUCGCGCCGCAUUCCACUGCCCGAACGCCUGGAGCAGGCCUAGGCUAUGCUGAUGACAGUUCGAUGAACGAUACAUGAAAUACAUAUCUAUAGUAUACAGCAAUAAAUAAAUAAAUAAAUAAAUAAAUAAGCAAACCGCAAAAAGAAUAUGAUAAAUUCUUUCUUUUUCAAUUAUAGUUCAAGAAUAAUACAAGAAUAUUUUUAGGCUAAAAUCGGCAGAAAAGUAAGAAUAUUAAGCCCGGCCCGAAAAAACAACAUUCUUAAUUAUAAAAAAGAGAGUGUAAGUGCAAAAAUUCUAUCAGUCUUUUGACCUUGGUGUAGUCAAGAGUUUAAUAUGGCAAACGUCGAGUACUGCAUACUCUUGUUCACAACUCUCAACAAGAGGGAUUAAGGCCUGUUCAAACACUGUACUACAUGUAUCCUUGGACGGAUCAAACUUACACCUGACAUUAUUAUUAAAUUGUGAUCAGAUGAGGAACGAUCGAUUGCGAUUAAACUUUUCCAAUCAUCUUUACAAAAACGCAAGUCAAAGCAAUUUUGAAACAUCAGAAGUGCUUAUCAGAACCACAAGUUCCCCCUGGGACCAGGGCCGGACAUUGGUAUUCCUGCCUGUCUGCCUUGUCUACAUUUGGGUCUCGGAUUGGUCAGCAAAACUUGUAGAAAAUACUUUCGACAUUAAAAGAUGUCCAAAAAGAUAAAUACGUCAAUGUGCAUGCCACUAACGUAAGUAUUCAGGUCUGCAACAAAAUAUAGUGCGUUCGACUUAUACUUAAACGCAAUGCGAAUUGCAAGGGCUCAUUUCAAAAGUAGGCUAAAUAGACUUUGUCAUGGCAACGGAGAACACAGUUCAGCUCUAUUUGAUUGGCUUCUAUAAAGACCUCAUUACGUCACUUGUAAUUCAGUAUAAGGUACCUAAAAGGUCAAACGGGCGUCGAUAAAACCCGGAACAUGGAACAUCCCGGAACAUGAAUAAAUUAAAACAUUUUUUUAUGAAAAAAUAAUUAAUUAAUUAAAUAAUGAUAAUAAUAAUAAUAAUAAUAAUAAUAAUAAUAAUAAAAAUAAAAAUAAACAAUAAAAAGAACAAUAGAUAGAAAACAAUUUUUGCAAAAAUUUAUGAUAACAAGAAUAAAUAACAUAACAUAACAUAAAAACGAAAAAUAAAGAAACAUACAAAGAAAGAAAGAAAAAGAAACUGGUGUCAUCUCAGAGUAUGAAAAAACAAUUUUUUGUCGCAAUGAAUUUUUUUGGGCGAGUGAGGGUCCAUUCAAAUGACAGCAAAUGAGUGAAGGCUUGCUUCUAAAUUCAAAAUAUAUUAAAAUGGGUCGCGAGGAGGGGUUUUUCAAGCUUUCCUUACACAGACACCUCUUGUAAAUGUUUGCCAUGCGGUUUAACGGUUAUCCAUUUACGGCUUUGCGACCGUAAGAAGAGCUUAGGGGCUCGUCGCUUUAGACUUGGACAAUUAAAUUAAAGAUUCACGUUGCAGUGGCAGUGGUAGCGCAGCGAUAGUUUCUAACUGUUAUCAGUCAGCCUGAAUUUUAGCCGUCUCCCCCCAAACUCCUCUUGCGACUCGAGGAGACGUCUGAAAUAUCAUGCUGACUGUAAACAGUAUAGAAACUACUACGAAUGUGAGUAUUGUCCACUAAAAUCCAAAGACAGGAGCCCCUAUACUCUUCUUAAGUUCACAGAGCCGCCUCGUCUGUAAGUAAUUCAUGUCAACCUCAAGUGAAGCAAAGCAGCCCAAAUAAGCAAAUGUCGGUAAAUAUAUAUAAGGAGACUGUAUGUCGGCUUGAAAUGAGCUACUUACCGACUUGGCUUGACAUGAAAUACUGCACCAACAUUUCGAACCAUUGCAGAACUGUAAAUGGUUAACCGCCAAAUGAUUAACUUAUGGCAAACAAUUACAAGAGGUGGCUAUGUGAGGAAAGCUUGAAAACCCCCCACCUCGCGACCCAUUUUAAUGUAUUUUGAAUUAGAAGCAAGCCUUCACUCAUUACUGUCAUUUGCAUGAACCCUCACUCGCCCAAAAAACUUCAUUGCGACAAAAUAUUGUUGGGCGAGUGAGGGUUCAUGCAAAUGACAGUAAUGAGUGAAGGCUUGCUUCUAAUUUGUUGCGACAAAAUAUUGUUUUCCCAUACUCAGACAGGAUACCAGUUUCUUUUUCUUGAUUAUUUCAUUAUUUUUCGUUUCUUUUGUUAGUUUACGUUACUAUUAAUUUUUACAAAAAUUUUAUCAUUAUUAUUAUUUUAUUAUAUUUUUUUUUCAUGAAAAUUGUUUUUAUUUUUUUCAUUUUCCGGAAUGUUCCGGAAUGUUCCGGCAUGUUCCGGAAUGUUCCAUGUUCUGGGUUUUAUCGACGCCCAAGGUCAAACUGCGAUCUUAUAUCUUUGGAGGGGGAAUUGUCUUCUCUCUCUGUCUUGCUUCGACAAAAACCUUAUGGUUUUCUUAUUUUCGAACGAAAGGGCUGGUGAUUCGCAUAUAAUUUACAGUCUUGGAUUCCUAUGGCUCUUUAAAUGAACGAAGAUCACGUUUGACGGCUUCAGUUCUCGGCUCAGAUCCUGCCAGACCCGAGAUCUAGACGACUGACUACUCAAUCGAUCCGCCAAGAUUUAGACGGGUAUGUAAGUUGGUUUACAACUGGAACUUUUGUUAUUAUGAUAAGUUAAACACUAUUUAAGCAACCUGCUUAUUUUGUUGGUAGGCUGUUUGAACUAGCCGAUAUCACGAUCCAGAUAUUUUAAAGUCGCGGUUCUCUCAAUUCUUCCGUGAUCUUUCCUCUCCAAAUAGUCAGGAUCGAGUUUCUUUUGGCAGCUGAUCGCAUGACGCCUUUUCUCCAGUCCAAUCACGCCAACUUAAAUAUUUAAUCACAUCAUGGCGAGUUUUAACAACUCUGUUUACACUUUGCAAAGUUACACAGUGUUCAAUUACUUUUUUCAUCGAGAAUGGUUUGAACAAUGUUUUCGAUCAACAUAAAUAUAACAUUGUUAUACAAAGCUGUUAGCACGCCGCUUUCGAGUUUACAAAUAACUUCGGAACAUGGGUAAUUGGCUAAGUUAUUUACACACUUGUAUUUUUCGCCGGAUCUUUCACAUAAACAUUUCUUGAUUUUCAACUUCGUGAAAUAAGGGUUUGAUUGUAAUGGACCGUUUAAUGUAUUCAGUAUUUUAAUAACAAUGAGAUCAAUUGAGUCAUCCUCGCGAAUAUAUUUCUUCAAACACCAUCAAGUUGCUUAGACAAAGAAAUUCGUAUAAGACUUGCCUUCUGUCGUAGUCAGUUAACAAAAGGUCACAGCGCGCAGUUUACUUUCAGAAAAAUGGUUGAGUCGUUUAAAAAUAAUAAACAAGUCCAGGAGUAAUCGCUCCUGACAAGUCAUAUAAAAAACCAGACAGCUUUCAAUUCAAAUGAACGGUCUUAUUGAGAAAACACAAAAAGCUAUUGAAAUCAACAUUCAAUUAAGCUUAAAGGUAUUCACAUGCAGAUUCUUUUGUUCCUUUUUUAAAAAAUUUCUAUACUAGCCACUUUCGUUCCACGUAACGAAUCACUACAGAGAAUAAAAAGGCGCUUUUUACCUCUUUUUGAAAUAAAUAAAGGGAAAUUAAGGGAAAACCCCGACUCUACCGGAUGUCUCCAGAAAAUUAGCUUUCAGUGUUUAUAACUGACAAUAGCUCCCAAAAAUUUGACAUUCCGCUUGUUUAUUGACUGAAAGUGCAAUAUUAGGCAAUAUAUUCAAUCACUUGGAAAGAAGGUCCAUAGUAAAUCUCAAACAACAACAUCCGGCUUACGGAGUCGAUUUUACUUCGACAUUAAAACACUUCAUUGAUUAACUAAUCUUACGGCUUGUUUGCAUGGAGGUGGGGGACCCCAGGUAGGUAAGGGAACCCGCUUUGGUAGGUAACCCCCCUGUCCACAUAAUCUCUCAUUUUAAUUUGAUCACGUUUACAUGAUAGGUGGGGUGACCCGCCGCAUGUUACCUCACCUAUCUGCGGUCCCCCACUUCCAUGUAAACAGCCCCUUAGGACCAAUAAUCAAUUUCCUUGUUAUUUGUGUUAAAAUUUAAUUUAAAAGUAUAAAGACUUAGAGUAAAGAAAACGUCAUUUUUGAAAAGGAUCCAACCCCCUUUUAUACCGCCGAGAGGAUACGGUGCUGUUGGAUACGGUCAAUUUUUUCUCAGUACGUUGGUAACAGGCCGCUAGGUUCAACUGUACAUUGUAUAUAACUGUUUAAUUGUUUAUUAAUUGUGGCAAAUUUUACAGAAAGCAAUAUCCACUGUCCGCAGUAGGCAAAUUCGCUACUCCAGGCGAGCAGUGGUUACACGUAUGUGAUAUAUAUAUAACUACAUCACAAGAAAGACUAGAGAAAAAAAGUAAAAAAUGUUAAAUACAUAAACAAAUAAAUAAAAAUUCAAUUCAAUUUAAACAAUCAUGUACAUUGCAAAUAUAAGAAGCCGAGUUUUCAGACAGAGUAGAGACAAGGAAACACUAGAGUUGUUAAUAACGUCAUUAGUCUUUAGUAAGAUGCUUUACUGCUCAUCUGUAUGGUCAAAUACUACACUCCAGAAUAUAAACAGAUUACAAUCUAUUCAGAAUUUUGCCAGCAAGAUCGUAACAAACUCUAGGAAGUUUGACCACGUAACGCCUUUGCUUCGAGAGCUAAACUGGCUUCCUGUUAAAGAACAAUUG